AUGGAGUCCGUCCUGGAAGCGCUUCUUUUCACAUUCAUUAAUCCCCCAAAUGUUAAAAUAUUACCGCCAAGGUGGCUGAAGAUGCCUUCACCAAUGCAAGUAUUCGCACUGGUGAUGAUGACUUAUUUCUUCGUGACUGGAGGACAAACGACUGAUGAGAGAGGUAAUGCGAAGCCAGUUGCUAUAAUGCAGUAUCGAGUUAAUGGGCAAUAUAUUAUGGAAGGCUUGGCUGCAAGCUUUAUGUUUUCUUUAGGCGGACUUGGUUUUAUCAUAUUGGAUAGGUGCAAUAAUCCAUUAACGCCCAAGCUGGAUCGGAUAAUGAUGUUGGGGUUGGGUUUCGCUUGUGUUCUCAUUGGUUUCUUGGCCACUCGAUUGUUCAUGAAAAUUAAGAUGCCAUCUUAUUUGCAAGGUAUUACUGGCUAA